AUGAACUCUACGCAGGUUUCAUAUUUCACACUUGCUGCCUACUUAGACACAGGGCCUUUUAAGUACUUAUAUUUUAUGAUUGUCAUGUCUUUAUAUAUUUUCAUUGUCAGUGUAAAUGUCAUGCUGAUUGUGGUUAUCUGUGUGAACAGAAGCUUACAUGAACCUAUGUACAUUUUCCUGUGCAGUCUUUUUGUAAAUAAUCUGUAUGGUAGUACAGGGUUGUUUCCAUUCCUUCUGGUUCAGAUCCUCUCUGACAUCCACACUGUUUCUGCUCCCUUCUGUUUCCUGCAGAUAUAUUGUGUAUAUACUUAUGGAGCUGUUGAAUAUUUAAACUUAGCCAUCAUGUCUUAUGACAGAUAUCUUGCUAUCUGUUAUCCUCUGCAAUAUAACACUCAUAUGACAUCUAAAAAGAUUGCCACUCUUAUUGCUCUAACAUGGUUAUACCCUUUGAUUGCAUGUAUUGUUUAUACUAUAUAUUUGCACUCCCAUUCCCAGCUCUGUGGGAACGUCAUUAACAAAGUGUAUUGUGACGGCCACUCUAUUGUGAAGCUGGCCUGCUCCGAUUCACAUCUAGUUAAUGCACUGGGGCUUAUUUUAUGUUUUGGUGUAAUCUUUGGGGCUUUAAUUGUUAUCAUUUACACUUACAUGAAUAUUUUUAAAGUAUGUUUUUCUGGUUCUAAACAGACCAGACAGAAAGCUGUCAGUACCUGCACACCUCACCUCGCUUCCCUCUUUAGCUUUUCUGUCGGGGCCAGCUUUGAAUUAUUACAGAGCAGGUUUAAUUUGAGCAAUGUACCCAUUAUGAUGCGAAUAUUUUUAUCAGUAUAUUUUCUUACAUUCCCGCCACUCUUCAACCCUGUAAUGUAUGGCCUCAAAAUGUCCAAAAUCCGUGUCAUAGGCAAAAGUCUGAUGGCAAAUACCCACACCAUUCAACCUGCUGCCGUGGCGUUCCGUGUCUCCAGUUUUUCACCUCCAGUCUUCCACCACCUUGUUUGGACUAAAGAAGCGUCUGGACAUUCCACUACCUGCCCACCUCAGCCCCUCUCCAGUCAGGAGCAGACCCUUUCACCUAACAGAACGAUCUGGCCAUGGACCCAACAGAGAAACAACACGAGGCACACGAGGAAAGCUUUCAGCGAGCUAUCCAGGCUCAACGAACUUUGCUGGGACAACAUGACCAAUUGA